AUGACAUUCUGGAAAUCAUGGCCGAAUCUGUAUCGAUUCUUAUUCGCACUCGGAUGCCUCUUCGUUUUAUGGGUUCUCAUCAGUUUUCUAUGUCGGGUUGUCGCAGCAAAGAUCCGAGGGAAACUCGAAGCUAGAUAUCAGUUGGAGCUCAUUGAACGCCCGUCAGAGUCCACGCACGUCCAACGAUCACGAAGUGUUAACUUUGGUGUCCGAGCUCUCGACUCGCAUGAGACUCCGGCCGAAACUGGCAUCGUUGAUAGUGAGUCUCUAAGAGUAUUCUCACCUGUUUCCCGAUUUUCAAGGAUUUCCUCUCCUGCUAGCACUGGAGGGCGCAAAGGUUCGGAAUCAACUAUUGGAAGCGUAGCGGAUGCUGCCGCCGCGGGAUUGAACGUACACGGGCAACCAUCUUCCGCCCCGCGGCUCAAGUACACACCCCAAACGGCACCAAGAGGGCCCCCUCCGUUCGCCUCACCAGGCCUGCAGGCUAUGCAGGAACCCAGUGCACCAAAGCCAUCGGAUUCUGCUACAGGUCAACCUGCUAGUACUCCCCCAUCGCCUAACCUAGUCAUUCUUACGGCACCUACUACACCCCUUCAAGGAGAUAGCGGAUCGUACUUCACAAUACCAAAUGCUCACCCAUACACCAAUUACAUGGAUGAUCCGCCACUCCAUCGUCGUGCUAUCAGCACCUCUUCUAUUGAUGAAAUAAUCGCCGGUUCAUCCAUAUCCAAAGAUAUCAUCAAUGGUAUCCUCAAAAACCGUGGUCAAGUCCAACCAUUGCUCCAAAUUCACAAAAAUGAGCGUUCGGUUACUCCAGGCCCACCUCCCAAGAAUAACUCUACUGGACUCUCAGAACCCGACCUUUCAGCUCCACUAGCACCAGUCCCAGGGCAGCCGCAACAACCACUACUACGCCCUCGGAGCGCACCACCUUUGAAGAGUCAUCGAUCAUCAUACAGCUCGGCUUACCAACCCCAAAACUUGUCUAACAUCCUAGAAGCUCCCUUUGAGGACCCAGAUGGCAUUGAGUUGAAGGACUGUCACCGAAAACGUAGCACCGAAGACUUCCAGUCAUCGGCAAUUCCUUCAAAUAAUGUCCCUUCUCCAUCUGAUUUCGUUAUUCCACACCCUACUCGUGCACCACCCCCAAUUCCGUUCAUGGCACAAUCCUCAGCUUCAACCUCUGGUCCCCCAACACCACCCGUCAAAAUGGAUACGCAAGUUUGGGAUUCGAAAAAUAAAGGAAAGCAAAAGGAUCCUAAUCAAUUUUAA